AUGAGAAUCUACGCCUGUCACUUCUGCUCAUCGCCCGUGUACCCGGGUCACGGGAUAAUGUUCGUGCGUAACGAUGCCAAGGAGUUUCGUUUCUGCCGUUCCAAGUGCCACAAGGCCUUCAAGCAACGUCGUAACCCAAGAAAGCUGAGAUGGACAAAGGCCUUCAGAAAGGCUGCUGGUAAGGAGCUGGCAGUAGACUCAACCUUGACUUUUGCUGCCAGAAGAAACGUUCCAGUGAGAUACAACAGAGAGCUCGUUGCAACGACGUUGAAGGCGAUGGCCAGAGUCGAGGAGAUCAGACAGAGGAGAGAGCGUGCCUUCUACAAGAACAGAAUGAAGGGCAACAAGGAGAAGGAUCUGGCUGCAGACAAGAAGUUGGUGGAAGACCACCCCGAAUUGUUGAGAAUGAGAGACGUGGAGUUACGCAUAAGGGAAGAGAAGGCUGCCAGAAGAGCGGCUGCCGAGUUGGAAGCCGAGGACGAGGACGAGGAGAUGGAUGUCGACGACGAAAUGGACGUUUCCGAAGAAGAAGAAGAGUCCGAGGACGAGGAGGCCCAGAGAGUCAAGCAGAAGAUCAUACUGAAAAACAAGACCAGGAGCAAGAAGCAUGCGACCCAGGUGAGGUUCUGA